AUGCCGUUCUGGGAGGGAGUGAAGGAGACAACAGAGGAGAUCAUCGGAGAUGUGGUAUGUUUCGACAUGGAGACAGUUCUCCUACACUCAACGUCAACUUCCAUUGCGACAUACAGAAAAUCAAUACUCCGACACUUGCUGAAUGCUGCCAAAGCCCUGAUGCCACUGCACUGGAAGCAGGAUAUAACCCUGACGUUGGGACAAUGGAUGGACGGAGUUGAGGAGAUUUACAUGUCGGAGUCUGUGCAGGCCUCGCUGCUGGGCAAUGAGGAGAAGCAUGUGGAGAGGUGA